AUGGAGGAAUCCAUGACAACGGUCUACAGCCAGCUCAGUGCUCAGAGGCUCCUCCCCUUCCCCUCGGCUGGCCAACUUGCGGCCGUCAAAGUAAAGAGGGGCGAGGAGGUCGCCAGGGCCCAGAGCUUGAAGUUGGACGAGGCCAAGCUGGUGCACAUCUACCCGUUUACCUCUCAGGGCUCCCAGGAUGUCACCAACAGUGUUAACCACCAGAUGGUGACCUCUGACCUAUGGAAGCACCCCGCCUUCCCCGGACCCCAGAGGGACGGCCUCCCUACCCCCAGUUUCCUCGACACCAUGGUCGCCAACAUGGUGGAUCAGUUUACCCUUGAAAGCCCAGCCUGCAGCCCUAUCCCUGUCUCCACCAAGACCCCCAGCCCUCUGGAGGGUGCCGGGGACACGUCAAAAGUGCUCACCCCCACUUUGGUCACCUGCGCUUGGGGAGAGAAGCAGCUGGCGCUGACCCCUCUCAUGGCGCUUCCCCAGGAGGGCCAGAACAUGAACGUCUACGUGUCUGUGGCCUGUCACCCGGGACACUUUGUCCUGCAGCCGUGGCAGGACCCGUACAAGCUGAUGGGAGAGAUGGUCCUUUACAACAACCAGAGGGAGGAGACGCCGGGGCCCGGAGAUGAACAGAAAGGCCAGGUCAAGGUGGACCAUAAGUGAGUGGACAGAUUAGGGCCUGGAGGCCUCACAGUUUUUUUGAUUUUAUACAAAUGAAAAAAGCCAGUCACACACUUGUCUCCAGAAUGAAGUCUGACUUCAUUGUGUUUUUAGUCCUCGCUGAUUUAUGGGCUUUGUUUUGUUUUGUUUUCACAUGGCUGAGGCAAUAUAACUGUUGGAGAAGAAGCCCCUGGUGGCCCAGGUGGAGUGUGUGGUGGAGGCGGAGCGUCCCUGGGACAGGAAGGCGAUUGGUGGAUUCAUUUAUUGAAUUUAUUUGAGAAUGACAAACCUACAUAAAUAGCCAGUAGCGACAUAUAUUUAAAAAAGGAUAACGCAAAGUCACUGGUUGCAUCUGAAAGGGCACCCUAUUCCUUACGUAGUGCACUGCUUUUGACCAGGCCCCAUUUCAGAGGAGACAGACAUCUGGGUCCACACCGUCGCCCCCGUAGAACCGGACUGGAGAGACCGAACGCAUAAGACUGUUGUGUCCUUUUCUUAUCCCGCACAGGUAGAACUCUUCCAGAGUCUAUCACAUACGCUGAAAUUAUGUACUGCACUGCCUGCAGCAUAUAACUGUUGGUAUCCCUUUCACUUAUUCCACAGGUCAAAGAUCUGCCAGAGUGUCACAGGUCAUUGGGGAGCCAUUUAUGUAGAAGCGUGGUUUUAUCAGCUUAGCAAUGUCUGAAGCAUAGAACUGUGAUUUUUUUUCUUCCUUAUCGUAUG